AUGUCGUACCGUGUGAAAGCAACAAGUUUUCUGACUAACAAAAGCAAAGGAGAGAACUGCAUGCCAACAGAACCAUCCAUGAAUUUCACCGUUACGACGCUAACUACAUCAUUUCCUGUCUGUUACCCUGAUUAUCCGGCAAUGGACUGGCUGUACCUCGUGAACGGACUGGUCGCACUUGUUGCCGUGAUUUGUUUCUACAUGAUCUUGUCAGGCGACAGCGAUAUAUUACUUCAACUAAAGGAAAGAUUCGGAAAAUCUCCAGAAUGUUUGGCUGAAAAAGUGGUUUGGAUCACUGGAGCCUCCAGUGGGAUCGGAGAAGCUCUUGCUUAUGAACUUGCACGUGCACGAUGUCGUCUGGUGUUAUCUGCAAGGCGGGAAAAUGAGCUUGAACGUGUGAAAAAAGAAUGCAUCCGCAUUGGUGGUCUCAGUCAAGACGAUGUUUUAGUAUUAAAACUUGACAUAAAGGCAUAUUCGGACCACGAACCUGCUGUUCAACAAGUCUUAAAGACGUUUCAAAAGAUAGAUAUAUUGGUCAACAACGCUGGACGCACUAACAAAGGCGAGUGGACAACUACCUGCCUGGCUGUUGACCUGGAGCUGCUGGCUGUCAACGUUUUAGGGCCGGUAUCCCUAACACGAGCCGUACUCCCUCAUAUGAUGUCUAGGAACCAAGGCCACAUUGUGGUAACCAGUAGUGUGGCUGGCAAACUAGGUGCAGCAUUGUAUGCUGGCUCAUAUUUUGGAUCAAAACACGCACUUCAGGGCUGGUUUGAUUCUCUAAGACCAGAAGUAUAUAGUAAGAAUAUAGCCGUCACUUCCGUUUGCCCAGGACCUAUCUAUACCAACCUAUUACAGGAUGCAUUAAAAGAAAAAGAAGGGGAGGUUUUACAAGGUAGAAUGGAUCCUAAUAAAAAUCGGAUGUCCUCGGCGAGAUGUGCUCGAUUGAUGUCUGUGGCCAUUGCAAAUCGUUGCGAUGAAGUAUGGAUCUCGACAACUUCUGGUCUAGUCUCCCUUUAUCUAAACCAGUAUUUCCCUGGCGUUUUCAAAUGGCUCAUCAAAAUCUUUUCAAAUAAAUUAAUGGCUGAUAUUGACAAUGAAUUAAAUACAAACGAGGAAAAACAGACCAAAACAAACUGA